CACAACCCAAUCAUAACCCAACGUGAACGAUUUCCUUGGAACUGGCUUCAGCGCUUUACGAUUCCGCUUUUCUCUAUACGCUGGUAGCAAAUAAUGUAACUUAUAUCAAUAUUCCAGCUGUUUUCUGUUUGUUUUGGUGGCGGUUGCUGGUUGGAGGGGGGAUCACUUUCUCAUGCCACUACUUCGAGGCGCUGCUGCUGCUGCUGCCUGAUUCCAGCUAUGGCGUCCUUGUAUAGCGGGUCCCAUACCUUGAGCAAGGAUGAUGUGAAUUACAGGAUGCAUUUUCGUAUGAUAAACGAGCAGCAAGUUGAAGAUAUCACCAUAGAUUUUUUUUACAAGCCGCACACGAUAACGCUGCUGACAUGUACGGUGCUCAGUUUGAUGUAUUUCGCGUUUACAAGAGAUGAUGGAAAUCCUGACAGCAAUCUCUGGAUAGGACUGAUUCUGGUCAUCUCCUUCUUCCUUGUCAUCAGUGUUUUGGCAUUUCCCAAUGGUCCAUUCACCAGACCACACCCAGCAAUAUGGCGAAUAGUGUUUGGUCUGAGUGUACUCUAUUUCCUCUUCCUGGUCUUCAUCAUCUUCCUCAACUGGCAGCAGGUGAAGCAGCUCAUGUACUGGUUGGAUCCAAACCUGCGUUAUGCCAAGAGAGAGGCAGACAUAAUGGAAUAUGCUGUGAACUGCCAUGUCAUCACAUGGGAGAGAAUCCUGAGCCAUUUUGACAUUUUUGCAUUCAGCCAUUUCUGGGGUUGGGGUAUGAAGGCUCUCCUCAUUCGAAGCUAUGGUUUGUGCUGGACCAUCAGUAUUACCUGGGAGCUUACAGAGCUGUUCUUCAUGCAUCUGUUGCCUAACUUUGCUGAGUGCUGGUGGGACCAAGUGAUUCUGGAUAUUCUGCUGUGUAAUGGAGGUGGAAUCUGGCUUGGUAUGACUGUCUGUCGCUUUUUGGAGAUGAGGACGUACCACUGGGCCAGUAUCAAGGACAUCCACACCACCACUGGGAAGCUCAAACGGGCAGUGUUGCAAUUCACCCCUGCAAGCUGGACCUAUGUACGCUGGCUUGACCCUAAGUCCUCCCUGCAGAGAGUGAUGGGAGUCUAUCUGUUCAUGAUCAUAUGGCAGCUAACAGAGCUGAACACUUUCUUCCUCAAACACAUUUUCAUCUUUCCUGCAAGUCACGCUCUAAGCUGGUGCCGGAUCCUGUUCAUUGGUAUCAUCACAGCUCCGACAGUGAGGCAGUAUUACGCCUACCUUACAGACACACAGUGUAAGAGAGUUGGGACGCAGUGCUGGGUGUUUGGGGCAAUAGCCUUUCUGGAGGCCCUGGCUUGUAUUAAGUUUGGACAGGACUUGUUCUCAAAAACACAGAUCCUCUAUGUGAUCCUCUGGCUGUUGUGUUUGGCCUUCAUCACAUUCCUUUGUCUGCAUGGAAUGGUUUGGUGUGCAGAGACAUAUGGUCCAAGGGAAAAGAGCCUCUCAGAAUGCGAGGACAGUAAUUACACAGAGUCUCCUGACCAUGUGUCAGAAGGAUUUAAAGGUGAGACAUAUGUGGAUGGGGACAGUCCCACAAUCAGGCAAAGAUCGAGGGACUCUGGAAAGACUAAGUCCAUCAACGGUCUCGAGAGCCAGUAAAAACUGGCACCACAGGCUGCCGAGUGACUCCUGAAGUCACUCUGAAAAGCCAAGCAAGAAAAAGGGGGGAAAGCUGCCACCUCUUCCCAGUGUAAUUGAAGUCUACAAAGCCCCCACCUAACAGCAGAGGGAGUGCAGAGAGGGAGCAGAUGAACAGGUCCAUGAAGUGUUAGUAGGAGUGCACAGUGGCUCAGACUACAGAGAUGCACACUAAAGUGUGAAUUGUAGGCAAGAAACUCCUAAACCAGUAAUCACAGGUUUCUUUGUGUCUGAAAGAGAGAGAAGAAGGGUGUGUGAGAAUAAAAACUGCCGAUUCUAGAUGUGACUGCAUGCUCACUGUAGCUGAUAAUUGACACAUAUCCUAUUAUACAGUAUAAUUAAAAGUUAAUGUGCAUUUGACUGGUUUAAACCAGCCUUAACCCCAGUAUGUCGGUUCAACACAUUUCAAUGUUUGAAGCCAUUAAAAUAAAUUUAUCACUUUAAUAGAAGCCUGUAUGUUUAUAGCACAUAAAAGUCAUUUUUAUUUAAGUAUUUGUCACUGAUCUAUUUACAACAUAGAUGUUCACUAUGUCCUGUUUUUAACUUGAAUGUGGGCAGGAGUUCAAUGGAAGACAGCUUUAGCUUGGUAGGAUCAUCGACUGAGGUUCGUGUUUGACCCGUAACGAAGCAAAGCACACAGUUUAAGCACUUUGCAGAAUGUUCCCUUGAAAAUACUGUACAUUUUGUAAUGUUUGAGUAUUUUGUGAUUCAUUGUGAUCUUGAGUGACUUUACUUUCCCUGCCCAUCUGUGGCUGCUAUCGUUUAUAUUUUUAUAUUUUCCUGUACUGAUAAGAGAGGGCAGUUUUUUUCAAAGUCCUGCAUGUGCUGUCAGGUUCUUCCUGCUGGUGUGCAGUUGGCUAUCUUUUACUUUUCACCUUCUUGUUGCAUGAUUGUGUCAAAUCAAAUGUUUUAGUAUGAAAAUGUUACAACAGUAGUCAAGGAAUCUUUUAACACCACACACCAGAAUAUUGAGUAUUGUUGUUUAUGUCUUUGAGUCAUUGUAACAGUUUAAUUCACCCCUUGUGCCUGUUUGCAUGGAAUUAUUUUUUAUUCCUAUCUUUCUCAGUUUGUAGUAUGACUAAAUUUGAGCAUUUUGUGUUAGCUGAUCCAGGCUUUGAGUGCUUUAUUGAAGGUUUGUUGUCAUUUGAUCUGCCAGUAUCAUCUCAGUACUGAUAUAUCCCUCAUAAUCCUUGACAAUCCAUACACUGACCUCUGUGGCACCUGUGCUACAGUCAGGCAUUAUAAAUGGUACAUUGUCUUUGGAUUAAAAUUUCAUUUGCCAAAAACAGUUCUGCUGAAAAUGAUUUGUGCUGUUGUUUUUCACUGUGAAAAAAGGCAAUGUAUUAAAAUGUUUUACAUUUC